UAUAUAUUUUGUUAAUUUUGUUUAAAAGCAAUAUAAAAACACCCAGUACAGUUUGCGUUUUAAUGACAAGUGAAAAAUUAAUAUAGAAUCACAUAUGACAUUGUGGUGGUGUGUUUAUUGUGAGGGAUUAUCGGGGAGGAGUCAACGGGGGUGUGCCAGCAACACGACUGGACUAUAUUAAAACCCACUCAUAACAAUUGCAGCACUCCUGCUUAACCGUACCAGUGAUAUUACAUUCAAAAAUGCUUCGAGGCAAUCCACCCGCAGGUCACCCAUCAGUUUGGCUGUUGGUAGUGUUUUCACUUCAGAGCUCAGCACUCAGCAUGCGCAAUGCCUCUGGGUUUUACCCACGGACCUUCUCUGGCUACGCUAAGGACUACAUAGACCUGUCUAUGUUUGACGGCUUCGGCGAUGACACUGGUUCCGGCUCGGGUUCCCAGCCCGAACCCGUGAGACGACAUCGCGUCUCACAUCAUCAUCCUCACAAGCACUACUUUGUCUCGGAGGAGGCCAAGCAGUUCCUGCGUAGUUGCCUGGCCACCGCCUUCGUCCCGACGGUCUACACUUUCGUCUUCAUCAUCAGCGUGCCCCUCAACCUUGUUGCCACGGUGAUGUUUGUGCACCCCGUCCGUCCCAGAAAACCCGCCGUUAUCUACAUGCUGAACCUGGCAUGUGCCGAUCUGCUCUUUGGCCUGCUCCUCCCUUUUAAGAUAGCCUACCAUUACCACGGCAACAACUGGACCUACGGCCCGUUCAUGUGCAGGGUCGUGACUGCAGCCUUCUACUGCAACAUGUACUGCUCGGUCCUGCUCAUGGCGUGCAUCAGCAUUGACCGCUUCCUCGCCGUGGUCUACCCCAUGAACUCACUGACAUGGCGCAGCCGUCAGACGGCGUGGGCCGUGUGCGCCAGCAUGUGGCUGCUGGCCCUCGCGGGAGUGGCGCCUCUCUUGGCCUCGGGUCAGACGGCAUACUUGCCCCACCUGGACAUCACGACCUGCCACGACGUGCAAGAUUCAGAGAGACUGCAAUCCUACUAUCGAUACUUUUUCCCCAUCUACUGCUCCGUUUUCUUCUUCAUCCCGCUCAUUUUCACGGUGGCUUGCUACGUGUGCAUCAUCCGGGCCUUGGCGGCCUCCAAUGUGGAGAACCGGUCCAAAAAGACACGGGCGGUGGUGAUGGCUGUGGUCGUGCUGGUCGUGUUUGUGGUCUGCUUCACCCCCGCUAACGUUAUCUUAAUGGUCCACUACGUCGGGGUCAAUCAUAAGUCCAACGACACCUCCUACCGGGCCUACCUUCUUGCGAUGUGCGCAGGGAGCCUCAGCUGCUGCCUGGACCCAGUCCUCUACUACUUUGGCUCAUCUCACUGCAGGAAACGGGUCGUGGCGUUGUUCAAAUGCCGGCGUCCUCAUCAGAUUCCGAGCAGCUCGCACACGCAGAGCACCAGAACCAGCGGGCGGAGCGACAGCAGCAAGCCGUGCAAAUUAGAGGUUGUUCAAGGUGGGUCGGGGGGCCAGUACUCUAAGUUGGACGUUUAAGUGCGCAACAUUUAGGCCUUUGUCUGUCAUUACAAACUGUAAUUUGUCAUACGAUCUGUCUUAUUGUACAGUUGGUGGUUGUUGAAAAGUGGAUUUGUUCUUAUGUAUCAGCUUUACAUGUACAGUAUAUCAAACCUUCAUUUUGUAUCGUAAACAUAGCUCUGCAUGAUCAAGCUUUGAUACGAGAUAAGAGAUACACUUGUGUAAUCUCAUGUGAUUUGACAAAAGUGACAGUAUAAUGAAAUGUGCACACACACACAC